AUGGCAACCGAAGAAUUCUCGACGGCGCACACAGCGGCCAACACCAAGCUCCAGGAGCUUGCGCUUGCUCACGCCGAUGAAGGCGCUCUCCAAGAUAUCACGCUCUCGAACACUCUGUCGACCAGUGUCGAUAAGGUCGAGCAAGGCUAUUUCAUGAGUCUCCGCUUGAUUGGAGCCAUCUUCUCACUGGGCACCGCCGUGGCCGUCAGCUAUUGGGGCUUUGCUCCCCCAGCAGCGGUCUUGACGGUUAUCAAUGCAGACAUUGGACCGAGUAACAAUGCUAGUCUGUUCUCUAUCAUCUGGACUAUCUCUUGCGGCAUCGGUUCUCUCCUCUUUGGAAGGAUCUCUGAUAAGUUUGGGCGCCGUUGGUUUGUUAUCGGGGCGUCCUCAACCGCUCUAGUUGGAGGAAUUAUUGCUGCUACAGCCCAGGCCAUGAAUACCUUGAUUGGCGCCAAUGUCUUGAUGGGCCUUGCAGCCGGAGUCCAUACAUGCUACGGUUUGACAGUUGGCGAGAUCUGUCCCAACCGCUUCAAAUUCGUAGGCGUUGCAUUUGCAUGCCUUCCGAACAUUAUCUCCACUGGAUUUGGGCAGUACCUGGGUACGGUGCUUCUGAGAUCCUCUAAUAUGGCGCUGACAAGUCAUAGAUAUAUCUACUACAUCUUCAUCCCACUCAUGGUCUUGGUCCUAGUCAUGCAAGUGGUCUUCUAUCGGCCACCAAACUUCGAACAGCUACACCGCGGCACCCGCACGAGAAUGGGAGAACUCAAACGAGUCGACUUUCUGGGCUGCUUCUUGAUUGUUGCGGGCCUCGUCCUUUUCUUACUGGGCGUUUCAUGGGGCGGCCAACCUCUUUCGUGGACAUCCGGAACCAUUCUAGGACUUAUCAUUACCGGAGGCUGUGUGGUAAUCAUAUUCGUCUUCUGGGAAGCCUACGGGCCGCAUCCCAAUCCCAUCGUCCCGGUCCAUUUCUUCAAAGAUCUCAGGGGAUUCGUCUGCCUGAUCAUCAUAGAGUCCGUGGCAGGGACAUCUUACGUCGCGUUGAGCAUUAUCUGGCCGUCGCAGGUUGCACGGCUUUACAGCUCUCCCACGACCAGUUGGCAGACCACAGCAUGGCUAUCGACAACAAUCGCCCUCGCCAUAUAUUCGUCCAUCGUCUGCUGGGGAGCCCUGGUGGCGAUCCUGAAACACAUCCGGCUGCAGCUCAUCUUCCUCAUGUCGGUCAUGUUGGCGUUUCUGGGCUCCAUGGCAUCCUGCACUCCAAAUAGCCUUGCGCGCAGCGCCGUGCUCUCCGUGUUCGCCGCCUUCCCUGCAGGCAUCCUGGAAAUCAUGCCUGGUCUGCUCGUGCAGAUGGACACCAACGAUGCAGAUCUCGGGACCACCUUCUCCAUCCUAUACGCGAUGCGGCCCAUCGUCGGGGCCAUCAUGACAGCCAUCUAUCUCGCCGUCCUCAGCAGCAAGACCACAUCCAAGCUCUCAUCCCAUAUUCCCCCUGUGGCCAUGCAAGCGGGUCUCCCUGAGCGCUCCGUGCCCGCGCUCCUCGAAGCCAUCGUCGCCGGCACGCCCGACGCUCUGGCAAAAGUUCCCGGCAUCACCACCAAGAUCGAAGCCGCCGUGGCGGCGGAGCUCCCGUACGCGUACGCCGCAGCCUACGCGUACGUGUAUUACUCGGCCGUGGCGGUCGCCGGGGUUGGCCUGAUCGCCUGCUUCUGCGUCAAGGACUACGAUCCCUACCUGACCAACCACGUGCCGCGCCAGAUCUACAAGCUCGGGGACGAAGGAAAGGUCGGUAGUGGCGAAAGUGAUGAGAAGCAGCAGCAGCAGCAGCAGCAGCACCCUGAGGUCUGGGAACAUGAAGACGUGGAGAAAAGGCCAGCCACCGAGCAUGUCGGCCCUGCUGCCGACGCGGUCGAAAUUGCUACUACCGAAGCUUAG